AUGUUCCUCAUCAUGUCUCCAACUUUUGUCGCUUCCAUACUUUAUCUCUCCGCGCUCGCAACCGCUCUUCCAAAGGCUACGCCGGUGAUUGAAGAUCGACAAACUCCAACAUCCGACAACAUUCUCCAGGCUCGACAAACACCAUUCAGUCCGGCCCAGCAAGCAUCCGCAGUAGCACAGUGCAAAAGUGGGGACCUCAACAUCCCUACCGUCACGGAUUGGAUAAAUCUUCAGAUCGACGACUGGUUCGAUAUCUUCUGGACUGACGUGCCAGCAAUAUACUACAACAAUCAUGUUACACCUCCCACUGUUCCGUAUGUGAUAUCCGAAAUAUAUCAACGGGAUGGCAUCACGUGCACAAUAGCCGACUCUUGCAUCACUGUCUCUCUCCAGUGCUCCGAUUGGCUGACACCAGCGCCUAAUGGAUCGUUCGAUGCCGUCCGUGCUUACGUGUUUUAUAAUGGCUGGAGGGCCCUUGCAGAGUUGUUUUACCAGAUGAAUGUAGCAACGGCUUCUUCCGAAGUCAAUCAGAUUAGUGUUGCAAGCGUCAUUGGAUCGACCUUUGGCAACGAUACCUCUUCUGGCGGUCCAUCGUGGGACAAGACCACAUCUGCUGGUACCCCGGCAAUUGGAGGUGUAUCUGCCAUUCUUGGAGCUCUGUCAUUCGGCACUGCUUCCUCCGCGACCGGUGUAAUUGGCAGUCUCCUGAGUGGGAUUGUAGGCGGCAUCAGUCUUGGAGACGCAGCCCCUGCAGACCCCCGGAUUGACAGCAUAAAUGAUUUGGAAGGUUCAAUGGAGACUCUGUACUGGUCACUCAACAAUGGACUAGCCGUUACCUAUCAAACCGUCCUGCUCUGGAACAAUGGCAGUGGAGGUGGUUUCCCCCAAGUCCAGGAUCUCCUCAAGGGAGGCGCCUUCGUUGAUGAGGGGGUCGGCCAAAGUAGCCUUCUUUCUUCGAUCGAAGACCAGACAUUCUAUGACAAUAUGCGCGAUGGUUCGGCCCGUAUCUUUGGCUGGACGGCUAUCAAUACGGUGUGGAGAGAUGCAGAUGUAUUCAUUGUGUACCUGCCUUAUAACGCUCACAUUCCGCCGUAUACCAAUUUUCAACAAUCAGACUGCCAAGCUCUCUUGACGUCCCAUACUUGGGCAACUCCCACGCUGUGUGAAGGCGACGGCAUGACCAUUCUGGUCGGCGACGCUUCAAACCCUAGCAUCGGCCCUGGCGUCGCUCCCCAUGGAUACAGCAGCACAAUCGAUAUCGCCGGGGUCCCCUUUGACUACCAUAACGUUAUGGCAUCCAGUGUGGGUGCUUGGCAGCACACGGGUUUCAACGCUAAUAUCUCGAAUCCGCUCGUCGCGGGCUUGCAGACAGGGAACAUUGAUGUGUCUGAUUUGGGCGAUGUGCAGAGUCUUGGAGAUCUGCCGAUGACUACUGAAGGCGUCUUCAACCUCCCCGUCUGCCAACUUUUCGACUUCAACAGCGUCUACGGCUUCUACCCGCCCAAUGAACAAACCAAUCCGCAAUUUUGGUGCGGAUGUCUAUACGCGAGUGCCAAUUCGCCAGCGGCACCGUCGCAACUUUUCAGUGAUCACAUCUCCAGUGGGCUCACUGCGGCGGUUAAGAGUGCGAACCCUUGUUGUGUGUUCGAUGGGACGGAUUAUCCGAGUGGGUGCGGGGAGUCACCAUCAUAA